AUGAUUUCGUUCUCGGUGGCCGGGAGCCGCGCCACAGAAGGCCCCGAGGCCACUUCUUCGCUGCGGGACAGAGCCUGUUAUCCAGGAGGAGGGGCGACCACAGUUUCAGCGUGCGCAGCCUUCCUGGUCUCGUGCGUGAGUGAAGCGACCAAAAACCCUCGUGCGACAAAAACCACAGGGCUGUUUUCCAAACCACACACAGCGGGCAAGAACCUUCCUUUCUCCCCACCCCCCGUGCCACCCCCAUUUCUUGCAAAAGUGAGAAGGGGUGGAAAGGGCUGUAUCCUGGCUGCCUCCACACUGCAACCCCGCCCCGCCCCCACUUUUCCUUGCCCAUUUCUUACCGUUUUUGUGAUAAUAUUUUACAUUUUUUUAGUACCCGGCAACACUGAAUCACACUGGCGACAGAUAAAAAAAAAGACACUUGCUUCGUUUAAGCAGGGACCGUUUGGCCCAGAGCUCGGGGUGGCAAGGGCCCCGAUCCCUCCUGCAGACACGACGCUUGCACUGGCUGCCUACAGGAGCACAAGCAACUCCUGCAUGGAUGCCCAAUUCCUUCUUCACCACCAGCAGCUGUCCACCAGCACAAGCUGGGUCUCGAGUCCCCCUGAUACUUGUUCAGCACUUAUAGAUCGGGGCUGGGGGGGGGGGGGUUUGCCCUUUGGCUUCAAGGGACCAGCACUAACAGGGUAA